AUGUCUCUCGCAAAAGUGAGCCUCCCUGUGGCCGCGGUGCUGGUUCUCUUGGCUCUUGCCAUUCAGAAUGAUCUGGACAGGCCUUUCUUGGCACCCUUGGUCUCGUAUCUUGUUCCAUGGGGAGUCAAGCAGAACUCGAGGAAGCCAAUUGUCGGAGAUCGCAGUCUGGUCACGAAUCUUGAGCAGCUCGUGGUUGUGAUGACCGGUACAGGUACACCUGUUGCGGAUCCGGAGCGUGCAGCGCAGGGGAUCUCUGUCUUUGCCAAUGGAGAGUACCUGCUUUUUGACACUGGCCCGGGCGUCGCAGAGAACAUGGCAGCACAGGGCAUGCCGCGUGGUGCUCUGACUCAUGUCUUUUUCACCCACUACCACUCCGAUCAUAUUGGCGACUUCGGCGAAGUAAUGACAACGUCGUGGAUAUUCGGAAGAACAGAGACCUUGCAUACCCAUGGGCCGGAGGGCCUGAAAAGGGUUGUAGGCGGCUUUGCUCAGGCAUACGGUCCUGAUAUGGAUUACCGUACAAAGCAUCAUGGCGAAUCGUUGAUGCCUACUCAGAACUGGAUGCCGAGCAUGCAUGAGUUCACGCUGCCGGAUGCUGAGAACGCAUCAGCAUCGGAUCCAGCAUCCCUUGUUGACGUGUACACCAAGGGGCCCUUGAAGGUCCAGGCAUUCCGUGCUCAUCAUGAGCCGGUCAUUCCGGCAGUUGGAUAUAAGGUGUCGUAUAAAGGCCGCUCCGUGGUCAUCGGAGGUGACUCAGUGAUGACAAGGGGGCAUAAGGAAGCAUGUCGUGAUGUGGAUGUGUGCAUCCUAGAUGCGAUUCACCACAAGGUCAUUGAAGUCACGGCAGACACUUUCAAAAGCAUGGAGUUGCCAGACGACGAAGGCCGUUCGCAAUACAGUCGCGUGUCAAAGAUGCUUCUGGAUACAAUCGACUACCACUCUGCACCCUGGGACCUUGUUGAGCUGGCCAAAGAGUCUCGACCAAGUCUUGUGAUCCCUAUUCACAUGGUCCCUUCGCCAACCAAUGCCCUCAUGAAGCGACUACUGACCACGUACUACCGGGAGCCGAUCCCGAAGGCGACUGGCAAGCGAGACACCCAAAUUAAGUUCGGUGAAGAUGGCAUGGCCUUUAUCCUGCCGGCCAACAGCCAAGAGAUUCGCGAGCAGCGAUACUAG